AUGCUUUUCUGGGUACUCAUAGCAUUAGCUCUGACCACCGCUGGUGCUGAAGACUGUCGGGACACUCUGUCUCAGAAAAUUUGUAACCUGGGUAUGACCUUCCUGACGAAAGCUGAAGUCAAAAAGGCUUGCACCUGUAUAGAAGAUUCGUUUUAUAACCUGAACGAUCUUAAUGAUAUUGCCUCAAAGGGAAUCACCUGCCUCAUGACCUCGCUCAGCAACCCUCUCAAAGGACUUACUGCUCUAUCCAUCAAAUCUAAUAUUGAUAAGUGCUUGAAAGGUUCUCCGAGUGGUGAUGCUAUGGGACUGAUUGAAAAGAUGAAGCAACCCAUUUUCAACAAUAUCAAGAAAGUGACAAAUAAACUCUUUGCGGCGAUUAAGAAGGCCAAGGGUAACAACAAACCCAAAGAAUUCGUCUUACAAAAGGGGUAUUGUCUUCUGAAAGCUGCUAUUACUAAGAAUUUCAUCGAUAAUACCUGUACAAAAUGCGUGAAGAAGCAAAUGAACAAGCAGGAGUUGAGUUGCGUUUUAACUGAUGCAGUUAAGUUGGUUGAUAUCAGCAAGUAUUCUUGUGCGAAGAUCAAACUUUAA